AUGCUGCCAUGCAAAGCCCGCGGAGUGCUCCGCCGGACGCAUGUUUCUCUUGUCUCCUCAAGGCAUUGGUUUGUCGGGAAGAGGACGUACUGGGCCAGGAAGAAUCCCAAGCGUGGAUAUGUUGCAGAGCUCCCAGACUGGCGGAACUAUUUGCCAGAGACACUGAUGAGCCGUUUUUUUUUCCAGAUGGAGAGGUGGUUCGGCAAGGCGAAUGCAUCGACCUACCCACCCAUUCUUGACAUUUGCAACUCUGGAGGUAAGUUUGGAAUGCCCAUCCCCCGUCCCGACAUAGUGUUGUGGAAAGGCUUCCCGAAAGGCUCUUGGGAAUGGCAGAUGCACAUGUAUGGAGCAGCCUUGUACUGGCACGUUGCCAUGACGUCGGGCGAGUCGAUUCUUGAUGUCAGGGAGGACCAUCUCCGAGAAAAGUCUGUGUUGGAGGUCGGUUGCAUGAGAGGUGGCGGUGCGAGAUAUUUAGCUGAAGUCGCUCAGCCGCGGGAAUACGUUGCCACCGAUGCUUUGCAAGACAACAUCAGCGCAUGUAUGAGCAUCCACACGAUCCACAUGCCUCUACCUCCGAAUUUGCGGUACGAGCAGGCAGACAUGGGGUCUCUACACACGCAGUUUGGGGCUGAUGCUUUUGAUGCUUUGCUUUGUGUUGAGACGGACAUCGAGGACAAGACUGCGUUUGCACAGUCAGCAAGAGAAGUGCUGCGACCGAACGGGCUGAUACUACUCUGCGACGCUUUCAUGCCUUUGGCCCUGCGCGAUCUCUUGGACAGCCUGAAAGCUCAAGACUUCGAUAUCGAAGUUUGUACCGACAUUGGCAAGUGGGUCCGUGCAACAGGGCUUUCCCCGGUCGAAAUCGGCGAGUCCCACAGUGUUUAUGGCGUUGCAGCCUGUACCUACAUGCGGAUCGUCGCACGCAAGAAAUGA